CAGUUCUGAAUCUCUGUCACUAAUGUCCUGUGUUGACGCACUUAAGACCCCCACCCAAGUGAGACUCCACAGAGGGCCCAAAUCUGCCCAAGGAGGCGUGGGAUCGCCCCUUGACGUCCUCACAAAAACUCCCCAAGGCUGGGAGUCUCUCUCCUGCCCCCUCGGGACACAGGAGAAGAUUGGGCAGGCAGGUUCACAUCGCUGUCCUUGCUGCCUGGCAAUACAGCUCGAGCCUCCUAUAGAUGGUGUUUGCCAAAUUCUAAAUUUUUACUGAUGUAUUUACAUAUCACGAAGGUGCUACUAGUGUGGCCUCUUCAAACAGGAAAUCUGACCAGGGACGCAUACGAUGCAAGGAAGAGUCCAAGUUACCUUCAAACUCAGAACCUCUGAUUCAGGAGACAGUUUCGCCUGCCCUGGGCUCGCUGUUAUCUCCAUGACAGGAUGCUGGAAAAAUGUGUGACAGCUCGGGAGCAGAGACUGGCCAAGAGAUGCACAGAGAUUGGAUUGCUGACUUAGGAAAUUCUUGUUUUUUGGAGGGAUGUUUGGGGCAAUGAAUAAAAUUCCGGAGGAAAGCAAGUGUCUGUUAUCAAUUACGAAAAAAGACUUGUCAUAACCUGAAUGAGAAGAGGUUUUCAUCUAAUUACAUACGUGCGGCAAGUAUGCAGAAACCACAGAAGAUGUGAAAAGCUGCUGGUGGGUUGCCCUCCUGGGCAUUUUCCUGCCUGGCUGAUGCAGCCUCAGGCUUCACUCCCGCUCCCUGUGAGCUCCCUCUGCUCCCAGGACCUGCUGCCUCCCAGCCCUGGGUUCUGAGAAGCGGACUGUCAGAUCCUCCUCGGAGGGACAGACGCAGAGGUGAUAGAAAAGUACCUACCUGCAGGCCCCAAUAAACGCUGGCUUCUUUCUGGAGAGCCUCCUCCACGGUGGUAUCCUGCUGCGUCCCUGCUGGGUCCCGUGUCCCUCAGACCCAGGCCUCCGCGGGAUGCAUGGAGCAUGGAGUUGCCGGCCCCGUGAAAUGCUGCUGUAUCUCACUGGGAUGUGGUGCUGCCUGUAUUUCCUGGCCACACUCCUGAUGAUGACGUACAAAAGUCAGGUUUUUAGUUAUCCUCGUGACUAUCUGGUCCUCGACCUGACUCUGCUCCUUCUGAUGGGGAUUCUGGAAGCAACUCGGUUAUACUUUGGCACCAAGGGCAACCUGAUGGAGGCCGAGGUGCCGCUGGCCGCCAGCCUGGUCCUCACGGCGGGCAGCGCGCUGCUGUCCCUCUACUUCCUGCUCUGGCAGACCCUGGUGCUGUGGGCAGACGUGGUCCUCAGCGCCACGCUCCUGGCCCUCCACAGCCUGGAGGCCGUCCUGCAGGUAGUGGCCAUCGCCAGCUUCGUCAGCUAGACGGGCAGUGCCCAGCCCCAGGACAGGCCUGGACAGGAGCCCCCUCCUUGGAGCCCAGCCGUCCCGCAGCCAUCCCCUCCCACAGUGCAGGACGGGAAAGGCGUUUUCCUCCUGAUUUGCCAUCAUGUUAUAGGGUGGGAGGGUCUGGAGUGGUUUGUGAUUCUUCUUGGUGGAGAAGGGGGUCAGGAACCGGUGCGAACCAAGUGCUGGGGCCACAUGCUGGGAACAGCGCAGGGAACAGCACAGGCGGGGUCAGGAACUGUCCUGGGCCGUCUCUGUGGGGAGUUGCAGGGACGUCUGCUCAGUCCCCGUUUUUAGCUGGCAAGGAUCUCGCUUCAGUGGCCAUCCUGACCUCCGAGGCCAGAGAGGGGACAUUGCCACAAACCUCACAGAAUCGCCCCAUUGCCAGCAGGUAGCCCAGUGGGCUCCACCCUGUCACCUCUCAGGAGAAGCAUUUCCUCGUGGUGUCUGUGGCUGUCUCCCUCAGCUGUGUCGGGAGCCCAGCCAGCCUGCUUGGUCACUGACAGCACCAGCCAAGAUGGUGCGCACUUGGUUGCGGUGACGGCGCCUUACUCACACAAUUCUUGGCAUUCCGUGCUAUCCACACGGGUCCUAACUCGUGGUUUUGAAAGCCCAGGGUAGUCGGUGCUGCAGGGCCUGUGCCGGGCGUGGGAUCAGCAGUCCCUGCCUUCCCGGGGGUCCCGGAGCUGCAGGGCAGCGUGGGGGCCAGGUACCCUCAGCCGGAGGCAGGCCAAGUCCCUGACGGAUGGUGCGCUCUGGCUUCCAAAAGAAAGGAAAUAAAUGCAGUAGAGCCAGUCAGCUCUGGAGUUUGGGGCGAUUGUCUCCUCAGCCACAACUCCUUGCCCCUCGGGGAUUCUGAAGGACAGCGGUCUGGAAACCCCAGGCACUGAGGGGAGGGAGCAGAGAAGAACGGCUCCCGCUGCCCCUGCCCCUGCAGGGUUGGUGAGAGCCGCCCCAGUGCUCAGAGUCCCAGCCUCUGUCAAAAGGUCGGUCACGUUCAGUCAUAUUCGCUCCAAGGGCUGGAGGAGUUCUGUCUCUGACUUGUGCGCUUCACAGCUCUGCUGUCAGUGCUCCUUGAAAACCGAGGCUCAUGUUUUCCAGUAACUUUCCUUUGUUUCUAUUGCAUGUUUUCUCUGUUGGAAUAACUAUGUUCAAAUAUCUAAGUAUUUUCCCUUCACCCUAGUUUUUAAAUAAAUAAAUAUUUCUACCUC